AUGGCCGCCCAGUCCCCUCCUCGUCGCGAGAUGGCUGACCAGCUCUCGUACCCCAACCCUUCCUUGGGUGAUACAGCUGGCUUCGCUGUCGCCAACUUCGCUCCUCGCCGCGGCGCUGAUUUCUCUGCUGCGACCUCUCGUCAGUACAAGAUUCGCAAGGUCUUGGUUAUCAUCAGCCUCCUCGUGGGCCUCUUCCUCGCUACCCUUGACACUUCCAUUAUUGCCACCUCCCUCAUCACCAUCUCCGAGGAAAUUGGCGACUACUACAACGCGCCCUGGGUCCUUCUCGCCUAUCUUCUCACCUACAUGGGCUGCGCUGUCGGAAUUGCCAAGUGCAGCGACAUUUACGGUCGCCGAACCCUUCUCUUCUACAGCUGGGCCGUCUUCCUGCUCUUCUCGGCUUUGUGUGCUGGCGCGAACAGCAUGAAGCUCUUGAUCGUUGGCCGCGCCUUUCAGGGUGUCGGAGGCUCGGGCUUGUACAGCCUCGCCCAGACCUGUCUACUUGAGCAAGGUCCUGCCCACAACCCAGCUUUGAUGGGCGGCAUCAUUGGAAUCACUCUGGCUGCCGCAUUCCUCCUGGGUCCCAUCUUGGGCGGUGUCAUCGUCUCCAAAAUUACCUGGCGCUGGAUUUUUGGAAUCAACGUCCCUGUCGGUGUCAUCGCCAUGGUCUGCAUCGCCUUUGCUUACCCCAAGGACCGAAACGCCUUCAAGGUCUACUCUUUUACGGCAUUUCGAAAGCUUGACGUGGUUGGUAUGUUCUCCCUCUUCUUCGGCUCCGUCUUCCUCGUUAUCGCUAUCCAGCGUGGUGGCUACGCGUUCUACGGUUGGGCCCACUGGUCUGUCAUCGUCCUGUUCGUAUGCUCCGGGAUCUGCUGGAUCAUCUUCGGUAUCGUCGAGAACUGGCUUUACGAAAAGCGCUGUCCCUACGCCGAUCAUGUCCAGUGCUCGCACCCAGAGCCUGUCUUCCCAGUACACCUCGCUAGACGCCGACCAUUCAUGUGCGGCUUGGCCGUUACUUUCCUCACCGGACUUCCUUAUGUCGCUCUAACUGUCAUCAUCCCGGAGCGCAUGCAGGUGAUUGCGCAGAAGAGCCCUCUCAAGUCCGGCAUGUACCUGUUGCCUAUGCUUGGAGCUUGCGCAGUCGGAUCUUUUGUUGCCGGAGCGGUGAACUCCAAGUCGAACAAGGUGGCUCUCGUCAUGACUGUCGCGGCGAUUGCGCAAGUUUUAGGUAUCAGCCUCAUGCUGAUGGUUGCCUCGGCUCAGGCGGAUUUUGCUCCUGCGUACGGAUUCACACUCAUCUUUGGCCUGGGCGUUGGCCUCACUUUCGGCUCCACCACUAUCCUCUCUGGCGUCGAAGCGGAAUCGACCAAGGAACAUGCUGUCGCUCAGGGAAUCCUCGCUCAAGCUCGCGCCCUUGGUGGCUGUCUCGGCGUCGCCAUCUGCACUGCUCUGUUCAACAAGCGCUUAGAGGUCCUCAAUGAGCACCUUUCCCCGGCUGACCUUGAGACUCUCUACCACUCCCCUACUGCAUCUUCUCAGUGGAGCUCGCACAUUCUGAACCUUGUCAAGAAUGUCUAUGCCGAUUCCUUCAGAGACCAGACAAUCUUCAUGAUCACCGCCUGUGCCAUUAUGGUGGUCGCCGCCAUCUUCACUUGGGAGAAGGACCCCAGACCCAUCGCCCUUCUCGCUGGUCAUGCCCAGCACGCCAAUAAGACACGCCUGCAGCAGGAGAGCAACGACCACGAUGGCACCGAGAUGAGUGACAUGGGCAGCGUUCGGUCUGGACGCACGGCUCGCUCGGUCGCGGUCCACGCUCGCACGACCUAA